AUGCCCGCCAACAAAGGCCAUGAAGCGAUGCCUUACCUAUCUUUCAUCAUUGACAACUACGACAAGCUGCCGGAAUACGUCAUCUUCACCCACGGAGAGCGACACAGCUGGCACCACGAGGGUGACAUGGCCGGGCUUAUCGACAGCCUUCGCCUCCCGGUCCUCAAGGACCACGGAUAUAUUUCCCUUCGAUGCGACUGGUACCCCAGCUGCCCUCGUGAGAUUCGACCCAUCUCCCACGACGUCAUCGUCUGGGGCGCCGGAGUCAAUCGUGAGGCGACCGAAUACGUGAUAUCCCUGUCGUGGAAAGACCUGUUUCCCAACGAGGCGCUGCCAGAAACGAUAGCAUCUCACUGCUGUGCUCAGUUCGCCGUCACCAGGCAGGCCAUCCGAAGGCGACCCAAGUCGGACUAUGAGAGGAUGAGGCGAUGGAUUUUGGACUCCGAAUUGCCCGAUGACGUGACUGGUAGGGUGUUGGAGAAGAUUUGGGCAUACAUUUUCACUGGGGAGUCCGUGAGAUGCCCAUCGCCUAAUCGCUGCUCGUGCGAGUUUUUUGGCCAGUGUGGCCCGAAGCAGUGGUUACAAACACCCGAGGGGCUGCCAGACCUUCCAGAAUGGUAG